CUCACUUUCAUUGGAUUUUCUUUGUAAGACGAUGGAGAAGCAGUCGUCGUUGUCGCUUGUCUUCGUUACUUUCUUCUGCUUUCUCGUCUCCUGCAAUGGGAUCGAGUCUCCUCAGUUCACGGUUGUUCAUUCCGAAUCAGAUUUCGAGAUCAGAUUUUACAGAGAAUCUUCGUGGAUGUCAGCUCCCACUAGAGAAAUUUCGUUCGAACAGGCGACCAAGGAUGGCUUCCACAGAUUAUUUCAAUACAUCCAAGGUGCCAAUUUGAACUCCUCUCGACUUAGAAUGACAACUCCAUUGUUGACAAGCAUUGUCCCUGGAGCAGGGCCCCUAGGCUCAUCAGCCUACUUUGUUCAGUUCUACUUGCCAGUGAAGUUUCAAGCAGUGCCACCUUUACCACUCCCUGAAUUGAACCUGCAAUCUGAUGGAUGGAGUACUCGCUGCAUCGCAGUCAGGAAGUUCUCAGGGUUUGCUAGGGAUAGCAAUGUUGUUGAGGAAGCAGAGAAACUUGCUCUAAGCCUGAGCAGGUCUCCAUGGGCAGACUCGACCUCUGCUGAUGGUACAUAUGCUUACUCAAUUGCGCAAUACAACUCUCCUUUUCGGGUUAUUGGGCGGGUAAAUGAAGUCUGGGUGAAGGUUCAAGAAUCUGAGCUCAAUGGCUGCGGAUCAAGUGCUGUAGCUACGCACUAAAUAGUCUCUGGAAUUGAUGGGUCAUACCAGAGAUUGCCUGGCCGUAUAUUGCUGUAUAAUACAGUGUGCCUCUGUUUGUAUAAUGUAUAUUAUGGAUAUCUAUAUAGGACUAUUGAUGGAUACUCUUGUAUGCUACCUUUUCCAGUUGUGCAUAAGAAGAUAAUGGAUACUACUGUGGACUUC